AUGAUCGUCGAAGUAUUAUGUGAUAUAAAGUCGAGCAAAUCUUGUCCAAAUGAUAGUGAUGUAUUACAAGUAAAAAUGGUAACAUGUGAUUUAUUAUAUGCUGGAACAGAUUCUCAAGUUCGUCUUCUUCUUCGUAGUAGUAACGGUUUUAUUUGUCAAGUCUUAGAUUUGGAUAAUUCUGAAUUUAAUGAUGAUAAUGGAUUAAACAUGGUAGCUUUGGCUCAUUUAACAAAAGGAAAUUUUGUUCCUUUUGUCAACGAUGCUUGGUUUAUUGAAGUGCGAAAGAACGAAAAAUUUCUCUUCGACUAUCGUUUUCAUACUUGGACAUCAUUGUCAAGUGCAUUCAUGUUUGGCCUAUCGAAAAUUAAUAACAAGAAUUAUACUCGUUUUUAA